CACGGUUCCAUUGUCUUUCCCUACAAAUACCACCACUCCCUCCACCCUUCAUCGUCAUGUACUUGUGCUCAUCCGCCAUUAACACCCCUUCAAAUUCUCAACAAUUCAUUGAUCCCAACUUCAAUCUCAUGACCCAAAUGCAAGGAAUAGUUUCAAUCCUCCGAUCCGACAACCCGGAGAAGACGAACAAGGCCGCCUCACUGCGGCGCACUCUGUCCGCCGAUAUGUCCUCCAAGUGGUUGGCGGAUAACGGGUUACCCGUGAUGAAGAAGAUCGCCUCCUCAGAGAAUAUCACGAUUGAUUCGGAUGAAGAAGAAUGUGAGGCGAAUGAAAAAGGGGAUCAGAAUCCCACUCGAGUCGAUAUAUGGACCGCGAUUAUGUCGCAGAAGAAGCAAGACGAUUCGGGUAAGCUUCCGCCGCCGUAUGUUCAUCCGCUUGUUAAGAAAUCUCGCUCGUUGAGCGAGAAGAGUCUCAAGAUUUGUACCGAGAGUCUCGGGUCCGAGACUGGCUCGGAUGUGUUCUCGGCGCCACCAGCUCCCGAGAAAGCUGUGUCCGAGAAUGGACAUGAUGUUUUCUCGUCGCCACCUGCUUCUGAGAAAGCAACUGGCGACGAGCAAGAAGAAAAAGAGGAAACUAACAAGGUUGUCAAACCUGCCGGUUUGACAACCAAGAAAGCCCAACAUACCCGUUCUUUCCCGCCGCCGCUUGCAUCUUUAGCGGCAGCGAGGACUGACGGUUCGUCGCUUCACAUGCAUUCCCGCCGUGUUGAUGGACGGUUAGUCGUGGAAGCCGUCUCAGUCCAGCAGCAAAAAUACUUCGAAGCUCAACGCCAAGACGGUCGGUUUCUUCUCACGCUUGUCAAUGACCCGAAAGAACACGAACAACCAUCUGAACCUUACAACAACAACAACAACAACAACAACAAAGCAGUUGCACAAGCCUCCCACAUGCGUGGGGGCCAGGACGUGUCAGGCCAACUUGAUUCUAAUGGACGCAUCCUUACCCUGCAUUUCCGUAAAAAUAUAUUUCCACAACAGGAAACCCUAAUCUCCAAGUCAAAUGACAACAACCUCCAGGAGUAUGAAGAUGAGAUGGUGACCGAUUUCAGCGACAACAACGUCGGAAUCUUGAAAAUCCGACCACUGAAUCCAACAACUGCAGUGAUCGAUGUACACAAAUCGACGGUGUCGAUAAAGAGGAUCUUAGAACGUGAUAACGAGAACCCAUCAUGGUCCCAAAAGCUAGAACUCGUGGAGGAGGAUGAAGCACCUAUCACGCAAUCUCCUCCACCACGAGCUCGAGCCAGUGGGCGUCCACCGCUGCCACCGCCAACCACCACCACCACCGUCAACUCCUACCAGUACUUCUGGCGGGCGAAACCCACCGUAGCCAGUGUGAUCGACCCAAUGAUCACCCAACACCGCCCACCCACAAAAACCAAAGAUCUGGUUCUGCUCAGAGGCAAUAAAGCAGACUGUUUUCUACCGUCACUAAAAGGUUGCAAAGAGCCAAGAAGGUCUCUUCUGAUGUGGGAGCCAUUCUGCAUAGCCACCUCCUGAUUCACAACACUUUCUCUCUCUACCAUAAAGCCCUUUUUUUAUAUCUAUAUAUUGUAUCUAUACAUCUACAUAUGUGUAUGUGUCUCUCUGAAUAAGCAUAUGAAAGAGUGAGAGAUGACAUGAAUUUGAAAACAAAAAAUGUAUCAUAGAUUUUCUCGAAACCUAAUUGAAACAAAUGUAUCACAAAUGUUGUUCAUGGUUAAGAAUAAGCUGGUCAGACAGCACUGUGUUUGACAUGGUGAUUUGAUAUGUCAUUUGAUCAUAAUUUAGUUGGCUUUUGAGUAGCCAAUGAGGUUUCCAAUUUGGGCUUCUUUUGACAA